CAGAGAGAGAAAAAGAGAGAGCGAGAGAGAGAGAGACAGAGAGAGAGAGAGAGAGAGAGAGAGCGAGCGUUUGCAGGCAAUGUAAUUGACAAGGCUUGCAGUGGUGAAAUAAACACGCUUCAGCCCAGGCUCAGCUUUUAUUGCACAAUUCUGCCUCUUUUGACGCAUCGCCCGUUGCCCGUGUAGACUUGAUACCAAUUACCUUCACCCGAUUAAUUAAUCCAUGUGAAAUUAUGUCCCGAUCGCCGCAGAUCCAGCCGGCAAGAUGAUGAUUUUACCACGGAGAGGCUCAGAUCGUGUACCCGACUCGGUGGUCCUGGUGAUCUUCGUGGUUGCCGCUUCUCUUGGUACGGUUUUCGCCAAGGAUACUGCAUUUGUGGAAGUGGUUCUGUUCGAGUCCAGUCCCAAUGGAGAUUAUACUACGUACACGACUGGUUUGCAAGGACGGUUCUCCAAAGCAGGAGCCACUAUCAGCGCGGAGGGGGAGAUCGUUCAAGGAGGAAGCAUGACAACGCAGAACUCGCCACAGAGCCAAACCCCAGGCUUCCCAAGCCAGCUCCCUGAUUUCUCCAGUUCAACUCCGUAA